AUGCUCACCUCAAGACUGUUCCUGAUCUGCGCCUCGAUUGUUUCAUUUUGCAUUGAAACCUCUCAGGCUACCUGCAAUGUCACCCACGUAGGAGAUACUGAAAAUCUCCUUCUGCGAGGAACCAUAUUGACUAGUAACGGUGCGCUAUGCGAUAGUCAUGUUCUGGUCGAGUCUGGAAAAAUUACAUAUGUUGGUUCAGGUCAUGACUUGGGGUGUAUGCUUGGUCAAAAGAAUGUGACCGUGGUGGAUUGCAUCGGCUCAGUCAUCUCUCCAGGAUUCAUCAACACACAUGAGCACAUAGGCUACUCAACUAUCACACCCCUCAAGGACAUUGGAGAACGAACCAACCAGCGCCACGACUGGCGCGUCGGCGCUCGAAAUUUUACAAGACGACCGGCUCCAGUAAAUGGCAGCGAAUAUGAUGCCACGAAAUGGGGUGAGCUACGACACAUAUUUUCUGGCACCACAUCCAUUGUCGGUGGGGAAAUGGUUCCAGGUCUUGCACGAAACCUAGACUUUGCUUCUGGACUUGAGGAUGGUCUUUUUGCUCCAACGGCAACAUUCGAUGUCUUUCCACUAAACGAUGCCAGUGGAAUUCAGAGACUUGGAAACUGCGAUUACGGCGCCGCUGCGAUUACUCAGGAUGAAGCUGGGAGAUUGUACAGAUAUCUUGCUCACGUUGGCGAAGGUGUUGACGCUGUGGCGGAAAAUGAAUUUCAGUGUCUUUCGAAUUCGACCUUUGAUGUUACCCCGCUUACGGAUGGUGGUGGGUUGAGCACCGAUAUCAUUGCUCCAAACCUAGCGUUGAUACAUGCCUCUUCUCUCACCAAUGAAGACUUUGAUCUUGUCGCCGCAAGAGGGGCAAUGGUUGUAUGGUCACCACGGAGUAAUGUUUUCUUGUACGGAAAAACGCUCAAUGUUACCUAUCUUCUCGACGCCGGAAUUACAGUUGCGCUCGGAACAGAUUGGUUGCCUUCCGGAUCUGCAACUAUGGGUAGAGAAGCAGUCUGUGGUCGUGAUGUGACCCAAAAAGACUACGAUAUCGGUAUCGCUCCUCAGGACAUCUGGGAAAUGAUGACUAUAAACGCAGCGAAGGUGGCUGGUUUUGAGCAUCAACUUGGUUCUUUAGAUGUCGGCAAAUUAGCUGAUAUUGUUGUGUUUUCUGGCGAUGUUCAGCAGGGGGACGCUUUCGCGCAGGCUGUGUACGCACCCUCAGACAAUCUGCAGCUGGUUUUAAGAGGAGGAAAGAUUCUAGUUGCAGGCGAGGGAUUGGACAUUCUUGCAACUGAGGGCUGUGAAGCUGUUUUAUGGGGAAGCGUCACGAAGUCUAUCUGUGUUACGGACGCCGUAAACUCGACAUUUGCGGAGUUCGAAGCGGUUCUUGGUGGGGUGUAUCCUGCAAUUUUACCAGGGAUACCGGAUGGAGAGCCGACUUGUGUAUCUACUCGAUAG